GCAGCUGAGAUAUCGCGAGACUUGUCAAAAGAAAGCCUUUGGUUUCCUUCCUCGCAGUGAUUGGUCCAUCGUCACUGUUAGAGCGAGCCGAUUGGUUUGCUCGAUGUAAACAGCGACCGAAGCUACUCGGUGGUUCCGGUAAAAACACGUUUUAGAACCGUAAAGUUGGUUCUUUUACAGUAAUUCAGCGGCGCGUUCCGGUUCUGCAGGUUGAUUUCGCGAGCACAUCCGGUGGCGGGAGCAGUUUGAAAUGGGUGUUUAAAGCGGGUUAAUUGGUUUGCUAGCAGGGCAGCUAACAGGGCAGCUAGCUGGGAAGCUAACAGGGCAGCUAGUUGGGCAGGUAACGGGACAGCUAACAGGGCAGCUAACUGGGCAGCUAGCUGGGCAGCUAGCUGGGCAGCUAGCUGGGUAGCUAGCUGGGCAGCUAGCUGGGCCCUUUUGUUCACCACGCAGCAGUCGGAGGGCAAUGCCCAACCUCGACCCGACUCCAGGUGAGGUGGGCGGAGCCCCGGCGGCCCACCUGCAGUGCCCCCUCUGCGGCCACUUCUCCAAGAGCCACGUCCACCAGCUCACCCACGUGGCAGCGGCCCACCCUGCCCGCCUGGAGGGCGUGGCCGUCGGUCGCCUAGGCAACAUCGUGAUGUACCAAAGCAGUGCGAGGCUGUUCCACUGCGCAGACUGCUUCUUCACCUGCAGAGACUUCCCCAAACUCUACAAGCACCUCAUCUCCAGGCACUGUGAGGACCGGGGGGGAGGGGGGCAGCCGGGGGAGGCAGACGCUGCAGGGAGGGAGAGGAGCAGUGAGAAGGAGGUGUCCCCCACCCAGAAGGAGCGCGAUGAGGAGGUGCCCCCCACCCAGAAGGAGCACGAUGAGGAGGUGCCCCCCACCCAGAAGGAGCGCGAUGAGGAAGUGCCCCCCACCCAGAAGGAGCACGAUGAGGAGGUGCCCCCCACCCAGAAGGAGCGCGAUGAGGAGGUGCCCCCCACCCAGAAGGAGCGCGAUGAGGAGGUGCCCCCCACCCAGAAGGAGCGCGAUGAGGAGGUGCCCCUCACCCAGAAGGAGCACGAUGAGGAGGUGCCCCCCACCCAGAAGGAGCGCGAUGGGGAGGUGCUGAUGUUCGAUGGCCUGGGCUUCCACUGUCUGAUCUGCGGCUGGAUGAGCAAGCUGAAAGCUCUGGGAGUGAACCACGCAGUGAGGAAGCACAACAUCCCCAAAGCCUACGCCUCCCAGGCCAUCAGGCCCACCGAGGAGGUGGAGGGGGCGGUGGGGCUUAGCGGCGAGCAGCUAAAGCAAGAGAUGGAGGCCACAGCCAAGGUGGUGCGCUUUAUCUCAAACCGCUUUGUGUGUCUGAUCUGUGGCUGGAAGACCAAACUGAAAGGCUUCGCCAUCAACCACGUGGUGCGCUGCCACGACGUGGAGCGGCCCUACGCCUGCCAGCGCUGCGCACGCCGCUUCUUCCUGCCCAGCCGGCUGCAGCAGCACGUCAGGGCGGAGCACCGGCCCGGCCGCUACGCCUGCCCCUUCUGCUGCUUCAGGUCACACUUCCUGGGGGGGUUCAGGAGGCACUGCAGCCGCUGCAACGCCAGAGAGGAGAACGGAGGGAGAUUGGGGCCCGGAGGGGGGCGGCUGGGGGGUGAGGAAGAGGAGAACGAAGACGAGGAGGAGGAGAGAAAGGAGAGGAAGAGGAGGAGAACUGAGAGUGGGAUGGAGAAGGAAGAGGAGGAUGAUGAUAACUGAAGGAAGUGGCAUGAAUAAAAGACCUGAUUGGUUAAUGCGGUUAUUCAAGGCCUCCCUCUUUUAAAAUGGCUUUAUUGUGAAAGGAAAAGUGGUUGCUCAAAAUGUUACGUUGGUGGGGACUUUUAUUGUAAAAAGAAAAAACCCUUCCUCAAAAGCAGGGUUGUAAGAAUUAUGCUUCGCUUAUAAAAAAGGAGGGGCUUUUAUUUUGUAGUAAAAAUGUUGUUUAAGAGGUCCUAUCCAGGAGGCAUUUAUUGUGAAAUUUUAUUUAUUGGUCGCCCGACCACAGGACAGUAAACACCAG